GAAUGCCUUUGAGUGCCAAGUCGUCGUAGAAGCAGUAGGAGAGUUCCGGUCGCAGGGGAGAGGUGUUGAUUCCGGCAACUCGAUCGGAAUGUUCGUCGGUUACUUGCAGUUAUACUGAAGAGGUAUGGUCCCAAUUCCUUGCCUACAUGGCAAGGACCACACCACCUUUCCAUCCUACAUGGUGUAUACAUCAGCAAGCGAAUCCAGAAGCUUCUAGAAGCUUCUGGAAUAUGACAAGGUGGCACCAAAGAUGCUCCUUCCGACAAAAAGGACAACACCUGUCACCAUUCAUCAAGCGCCAUGUAGGCCUGUAGCAAAUCAAGGAGCAGACCGACAUCAGUGGUACGACGUCUUCAGCAUGAGCAAAUAUAGGCGCGCCACGUGUACCACUACCUUGACCACAGCAGAGGAGACCAACAGGAUAUUCCCCUUGGUCGGACAGCUGGUGCCCUAUAGCAGCUCUUUCACUCUCCGGCUAUAAAUAGGACCCUUCAUCAUUCAGGUUAGGAUUAUUCUACCCUCUAUUCUCUCACCCUCAACACACACUGUUUAUCCCCCUCAGAACAGUACUUAUUCUCACGCCGGAGCCUGGUUAAGAGGGAAACCCCCAUAUUCCCCUCUUAACGAGACUAACGGUGUUGCUGUUUUGUAGGAUCUUAGUCAUUUCACGAGCAGAGAAAGAGAUUGAACCCACAGAAGAGACAAUCCCACAGAUUAACCCCAGUGUUAACCUGCGUUUCAUCAUUGGCGCCAUCCGCAUUUUUGCAAAACCACCCUCAUCUCUUUUCUCUUUGAAGAACUCUUUGAAAUGGCAGAAACAAACCCUUCCCACCAGGUGGACGGAGAAGUUUCUUCUUUUGAGCUCAUUUCGGACACCGCACAUGUCCAAAGAAGCCAAAGGAACGAAACAAUCCAAGAAGGGCAGAUGAAUAAUGAGUUCCCGGACAUCUUUGGAAGUGCCUCCAGAGUUGUCAGUCAAAACACAACUGGAGCCACUUUCCAACCACCAUCCAGGCUCAUCACCCAAGUCACUAAUGGAGCCACGUUCCAACCCCCGUCCGGAGCAGUUCAACAAACACCCCCACAAGUGCAAACACCAAACCAUGGAGCCGGCCCUUCAGCUCCAUCAGAACAAACACAAUUAAAUUUCUCUGCACUCUUGGGGUUACCCGAAGGAAAAACUCUGGCUUCCUGGUAUGCUGAACAAAUGGCGUCUAUAAACCUUGUUUAUACACAACUCAGCGCGCAACAGGCUUUGCUCCAAGCACAAGCCAACCAAUCCACAUUUGUUACUCCACCGCAAAGGUCUCUGAGCACUCACAUACCGCAGCAGGCCAAUGCAUGGAAUUUACGUCCAGAUAAAGCACCAGUACCAAGCAUCCGAAGGCCAAGCGCGCACGACACACGCGACACAUACGGCAAAACUGAAAGCAACUACGUGCAGUGUUCCCAUCCACCGAGAAAACCAGUACAAAGUCGUUUAGGUACGCGCAACAUAAACGACGAGUUCGAUAGUUAUAAAGAAGAAGACGACGAGACAUACAAAGAAAGCAUAGUGUUCAGCAGAUUGCCACCAGAGCAUGAGGCAUACAAACCUCACAAGCGCGCAGGUUACAACCCAAAAGCAGAGCAUGAUUACACCUUGAGCUAUCGUCCAUAAGACAUGGCCGAAAAUUCAAAAUUCAUCAAAGAGAUUGCCACAGCCGCUAUCGACAAAACGAAACUGCCACAUAACAUGGGCAAAUACAACGGCUUGACAGAUCCCGACGAUCACCUCCAAGUUUUUAAUGGCGCAGGAGCAACGAGUGGAUGGAAUUUACCAACUUGGUGUCAUCUCUUCGCUCAAACCUUCUUCAAUGCAGCGCGCGUUUGGUUUGACAGCCUACCAGCAGGAAGGAUCAAAUCAUGGAUCGACUUUCGAGACAAGUUCCUCGCACACUUCUCCCAGCAGCGCAGGCACACCAGAGAUCCAACUGAUUGCUUGAACAUAUGGAGAAAGGACCACGAAAGCGUGGAAGACUUCAUCACCAUAUACAACAAAGAAUGUCUGGAAAUUGGAGAUGUAGGUGAGAAGAUGAUGUGCGCGCAUUUCAUGAGGGCAGUAAAAUGUGAUGAUCUAAUCAAGCAAUUAAAAGGAAGGGACGGAGGACCCAAAGAUUGGGAAACCUUCAUUGAGGCAGCAAAGACCAUUGCGCAAACUGACAAACAGUUGACCGGUGAUGACAACCGUCACCGAGGGUACAACCAUAAUGACCGGCACAACAAGAAGGGCAAAGGCCAAUCAUGGAAAACAUCCGGUUACAGAGAAAAAAGCCCAGUAAAAGAAGACGAGCGCCAUACAAUCAAUCAGAUCGCCCAUCGAAAAGAGGUCAAAAGAGAAAACCGAGAAAAAAAGUGGACACCCCUAACAAAAACCCCUUCAGAGGUCUUGUCAACUGAGAACCACCAGUUCAAACCACCUCUACAGAUGCGAAACAAGAGGGGUCAAGACCCAAAUCUUUUCUGUGAAUUUCAUAAAGACAUAGGCCACUUAACUGACGACUGCUUCAGCCUGAAGCAGGAGAUCGAAAGGGCCUUAAGAGACGGAAAUCUCACUCAUCUGGUAAAAGGUGGAAAGCGCGACUACUGCCAGGUUCAAAGAAGAGAAUAAGGGCCAGACAACAAAAAACUCCGGAAAUUAGAAACCCACAUGGUUCAAGCGAGUUCACGAAGGCCAAGAAAGAAUUACAACAAGCGCACACAAGAUGACUCAUGGCGCGAAAGACAAGUUAUUUUCCCUGUUGUAAGAGGAGGCCCAAGAGAAAGAAGACCCAUAGUUAUCUCUGGGGUGAUCGGUAAUUAUCAAACCAACUACAUUUUUAUCGACUCAGGGAGCACCACGGACAUCAUAUACGAAUAAUGUUUCAAUCAAUUCGACCAAGAGGACAAGGCGCGCUUGGAACCAGUUGACUACCCACUAACGGGUUUCUGCAACGAAGCCAUCUUUCCUCUCGGCCAGAUAUCAUUCCCGGUGCUACUCUCAGACGGAAGAAAUUCAAGAACAGAAGAAGUCACGUUCAUGGUGCUGCCAGCACAUUCAAGACACGACAUCCUCCUGGGAAGAGAAUCCCAAGGGGAUUUUAGCAUGAUUUGCUCUGGACCACAUUCAGCUGUCGGAUUCGCAACAGAAACAGGGGUAGCGAUAAUCUAUGCAAGCAAAGAAGUCUUAGCAACAGAUGAAAUCCGACUAGCGAAAGCAAGCAAACCAGCACCACGCGCAGAAACAGAAAAAUGGGUAUUAAACAGCGCAUACCCGGAACAAACAGUUACAUUGGGCCCUGUAAUGUCAGAUCUCACGCGCGCGGCACUUAAAAAGUUAUUGUUUGCAAACACGGACGUGUUUGCCUGGACACCAGCCGACAUGGUGGGUGUUCCACGACACAUAGCAGAAACAGAUUAAAUGUUUCAGAAAACGCAAAACCUGUGGUACAUGCCAAACGUCACUUAGGAGAUAUAAAGCAUGAUGCUAUGCAAGAACAAGUGAUGGAACUGUUGAAUGCUGGUAUUAUUAGAGAAGUCCGAUACCAAACUUGGGUGGCGAGCCCCGUAAUGGUACAAAAACCAAAUGGCAGUUGGAGAAUGUGUGUAGAUUACAAGGAUCUGAACAAGGCAUGCUCGCGCGAUUGCUACGCCUUACCAGAUAUUGAUGAAAAGAUUGAUUCGCUAGCAACGUUCAGAUGGAAAUGUUUCCUUGACUGUUAUAAAGGAUACCACCAUGUGCAGAUGGCCAUUCAAGAUGAAGACAAGACUGCGUUUCGCACACCUACAGGGCUAUACUGCUAUACGAAAAUGCCAUUUGGCUUAAAAAACGCAGGCGCGACAUAUCAUAGGCUGAUGAAUGAAACUUUCAGCAAUGCUAUUGGCAAAUACAUCGAAGUAUACAUGGAUGACCUGGUCAUCAUGAGUAAGGAAGAAAGUAUGAUGCUGGUCAACAUCUAAAAGACGUUCGACACGCUGCGCGGAGUAAGUAUCAAAUUAAACCCAGCAAAAUGCUCUUUUGGCAUGGAAGAAGGAAAGUUUCUGGGGUUCAUCGUAACAAAAGACGGGUUCAAAGUCAAUCCUGAUAAGGUACAAGCGAUCGAGCGAAUGCCUUCACCAUCAACAAUCAAGGAAAUGCAAAAAUUGGCUGGAUGGUUAGCAGCACUAAACCGUUUCCUAGCCAAUCACACAGCAAAGUCAUUUCCGUUCAUCAAAACACUCCGCAAUUGCAUGAAGAAAAGUCAAUUUCAGUGGACUCCGGAAGCCGAGAGCACAUUCCGAGAGAUGAAAGAUUGUCUCAUAAGACUACCAACACUAACGGCGCCAGUAAAAGGGGAACCCCUAGUAUUAUAUCUGUUAGCAUCUGAUAAGGCAGUUGGAGCAGUUCUGCUCGUAGACCGCCAAGGUGUUCAAACACCAGUUUAUUAUGUGUCACGCACCCUAAACGAUCCAGAAACACGGUACGCCAUAAUGGAAAAACUAGUCCUGGCACUGAUCCAUGCGUCAAGGCGUUUGCGCAUAUACUUCGCUAACCACGUCAUUCAUGUGCUAACAAACUACAACAUCGGCAACAUCCCCGCGAGGCCCGAGAUAUCUGGAAGGUUAGUAAAAUGGGCCAUAGAGCUGGGAGGCCACAACGUGGUUUUCAGACCAAGACCAGCAAUCAAAGGCCAGGUGUUGGCCGAUUUCAUGACAGAAGUACCCGACGACAAAGAGAGAGAGUGCAAGGCAAUGGAAAAAGCUGAAAGGCAACAUACAGAAGAGCCAUGGCUACUGUACACAGACGGCGCGUCCAAUGAAGAUGGCGCAGGCGCAGGACUUAGGCUGAUAAGUCCAGAUAAACACGAAUUCACGUACGCCAUCAGGCUAGAUUUCAAAAGCACUAAUAACGAAGCCGAAUACGAAGCUUUUCUUGCCGGUUUGAGAUUGGCAAUCAAGAUGGGAGUCAAACACAUUGAGGCGCACAUAGACUCCAUGUUAGUAGCCAGGCAAAUCAAUGGCCAGUACGACGCCAAAGGAGACGUGAUGGCACUAUACUUGAAUCAAGCAAAGACAUUGUUGCAAAACUUCUAUUCCUACAAGGUGCACCACAUCAACAGGAGCGAGAAUAAACCAGCAGACGCGUUAAGUAAACUCGCAUCCACAAGUUUACAACACCUAGCCAAGGAUGUGCACAUAGAAGUUUUGAGCAACCCGUCGGUACCACUAAGAGAAGUAAGUGUUAUUCAAGUGGGAGCAACGUCGUGGAUGACUCCGAUAAUUAUGUAUCCCAAUCGGGUAUACUUAUGGAGAACAAAGCCGAGGCAAGAAAAGUGCAAUACAAAUCCGAACACUACCAGAUGGUCGACGGAAUAUUGUAUCGGAAAUCCUAUUUAGGACCAUUAUUAAGAUGCGUUGACCCAGAAGAUGCAAACUACCUGAUCCGGGAAGUACACGUGGGCAUUUGCGGCAUCCAUGCCGGCCCAAGGAUGGUAGUAGCCAAAGUCAUAAAUGCCGGGUAUUACUGGCCCGGAAUGUAUCUAGACGCAGUGAAGAUCUUAAGAAAAUGCAGCGGGUGCCAGAGACAUGCUCCGAAGACGAUGCGCCCCAAGAACGAACUAGUUCUGUAACAACGGCGUGGCCGUUCCAACAAUGGGGAAUAGAUAUUGUGACACCCCAGGAAAAGCCAGUAAACACCGCAACUUAACUAGCUUCCUCAGUAACCACGCGCUAA